UGUUAGCGAUCUUCGAUGCAGCGACCACCGUCAGCUUCGUCGAGCUCGCCUGCGGCUGCGGGGCAAAUGGUGGACAACGGACGGCGGUGGAAGCGGGAUCGCCGGAUUAGAGCGCUAAGCGCGAUUAGUGACGUCGCGCUCGCCGCUUGGCCACCAAACAAAGCACACGCACUGCCUCGGGACGCCGCGCACGCCCUCACUCACUCACUCGGCCCCAAACCCUAGCGACCCACCCCCUUCCUCCCUCCCCGGCGGCGGUCGAUCGGCCGCCCCGCCCGCCAUGUCCUCGCCGGCGCCGCACCUCGUCGACGAGAUCCUGGAGGAGAUCUUCCUCCGCCUGCCCACCCCGGCCGCGCUCGCCCGCGCCUCCACCGCCUGCCCCCGUUUCCGCCGCAUCGUCACCGGCCGCUCCUUUCUCCGCCACUAUCGCAAACGCCAUCCGCCGCCGCUCCUCGGAUUCGUCGACGAGAGCGGAUUCCACCCCGCCCAGGAACCCCACCCCUCCGCCCCGCUCGCCCGUGCCCUCGCCGACGCUGCCGAUUUCACCUACUCCUUCGUCCCCAAGCCCAGCAUGGGGCGCUGGAGACCGCGGGACGCCCGUGAUGGCCGCGUCGUUCUCCAGGCCGAUAGCUUUUGUUGGAACAGCAACCUCGCGGUAUGUGAUCCACUAUCACGGCGUCACCUGCUGCUUCCGCCCAUACCGGAUGAGCUGGCUGCUGUCGGGGGAAAGCGCCCUGUUGAAAUCGUGCCCAUCCUAGCUCCCAUUGGCGAGGAGGACGAUGAUGAGACCUCGUUCAAGGUAAUAUGCUUUGCAGACUAUCAAACCAACCUGGUGACGUUUGUCUUCUCGUCCCUCACGGGGCAAUGGUGUAUAGCUGCAUCGCGGACCUUCCAGACGGUUCAACCAAUUUGUGCUAUUUAGGGUGCCGUGGCUUGUCAUGUUUCGACUACGUGCGCGGAUGCUUCUACUCGGCGUCACCUUGGAUGGACAAGUUACUGGUGCUGGACAUUCGAAGAAUGGAAUUUUCUACAGUCAACGAUCGCACUGGCUACCAUAUGCAUCUCAGAUGUCUGCCUGGCCAGGCAGACAAAGUUCUUGCCAGAAAUGGUAUGCCAUCCAGAAGACGGUCUGGUCAGACCAGAAGUCUGCCCCACAUUGUAGUGGGCAAAGAAGGAACCAUUGAGAUGUUUUCUCUUGUUGGUGAUCACAGCCCAAAUGGCUCGUUUGAUCUCUAUCAUACUACUCAGCAAAAUAACUCUGAAUCUCCCAAGGAAUGGCAGCUGGAGAACAUUAUACAGUUGCCUGGCCAGUAUGAUUAUUUCACCUCGGGCGCGGCUGAGGGAUUCUUAUUCCUUGGAGCCACUACAGAAGAUCAGCUGGACAUUGAUGAAGACUCGCCGGUGUGGUUGUCGAGGACUGAUUGGGAUGUAGACUAUUUUUCUCUGGAUGUCAAGACUUCUGAGCUUGUAAAGGUCUGUAGGAGGAAGAGGGAAUUCUUCCAUUAUGAAGAUGUUUACUAUUACUUUGGCUUCCCUCCAUCGUUAUCAAAGCCGACCGUAUGAAGUAGGGUGAACUCGCUUUCCUUUUGUGGUUUCUCAUUCGGGUCUUCGGGCCAUUCAUCUAACGCCUUUGAGGAGUAUUGGAGGAUGGUGUUGCGAAUGUGCUGGCUAGAUAUUUUACUAGUGCCUUUGUGUUCGUAAUUACUCCCUCUGGAAACUAAUAU